ACGGACGAGAAACAUCCAGCCACUCGCCGCAGCUGGACGGAACUGCAUCAGUUGGCACCAAGGUUGCCCAUAGACAGUUCAUGGGCUACUAUAGUUAUGGAUCAUAGGCUGUAGCCCUAUAGUUCAUGGGCUACUGUCUUUAUUUCAACGUGAAAAGUACGAUGCGAAAAUAUAUAUAGUUUGCUGCUUUUACCGAACACUAAAUUUAAAAAAAAUCUCCCAUAUGUGUAUACUGCAUUUUUGGUAAAUACGUUGUUUUCAUUAAGAGUAGUAUCCAGAGGGCUGCCAGCUAAUUUGACUGCCGCUCUUAAUCUCUCCUAAAAGCGGAGCGAGGGGCCUAGCGGACGCAAGUGGACGCCAUGACCGGCAUCGGAGCAGAGGAUGACGUCCCGCUCUGCGAGAGGAAGACCAUCACCGACUUCUGCUAUCUGCUGGACAAGUCGAAGCAGCUCUUCAAUGGCCUGAGAGACCUUCCUCAGUACGGACACAAGCAGUGGCAGUCCUACUUUGGCCGCACCUUUGACGUCUACACUAAGCUGUGGAAGUUUCAGCAACAGCACAGGCAGGUGCUUGACACUCGUUAUGGGUUGAAGAGGUGGCAGAUUGGGGAGGUGGCAUCCAAGAUUGGCCAGCUGUACUACCACUACUAUUUACGCACGUCUGAAACCAGCUAUCUGAAUGAGGCCUUUUCCUUCUACUCGGCCAUCCGGCAGAGAUCCUACUAUUAUCAGGUCAACAAGGAGGACAGGCCGGAGCUGGUGGUGAAGAAACUGCGUUACUAUGCCCGCUACAUUGUGGUCUGCCUCCUGCUGAACAAAAUGGACCUGGUAAAGAUGCUUGUGAAGGAGCUGUCAGAGGAGAUAGAGGAGUACACCCAGCGCUUUAGCACGGAGGACCAGCUGGAGUGGAACCUGGUGCUUCAAGAGGUGACCGCCUUUGUGGAGGCGGACCCAGUGAUGAUACUGACCAAUGACAACGCGGUCGUGAUCACAUCCAACCGGCUGCAUGAAGGGGGCGUGCCCCAGCUGGAGCCGGGCAUGGUGGUUGGUCAGCUCGCCCUGGCUGACGCGCUCAUCAUCGGCAACUGCAACAAUCAGGUGAAGUUCAGCGAGCUGACCAUCGACAUGUUCCGGAUGCUGCAAGCCUUGGAGAGGGAGCCGGUGACCCUGGCAACACAGUCAAACAAGACCGGCACCCUGGAACCCAGUGAGAAACCACCUAAGCGGGAGAACCCUCACAAGUACCUGCUGUACAAACCCACCUUCAGCCAGGUGUACACCUUCUUAUCUGCAUCCUUCAAGGAGCUGCCAGCGAAUAGCGUGCUGCUUCUCUACCUUUCUGCCACUGGAGUCUUCCCCAAUGGACGCGGCGAAUAUGACGGGCCCUACGACCUAGGGGGUGUCCUCACCAGCAACAACCGUGACCUGGUCAACGGGGAGACGGUCCAGCGGAGAAACCAGGCAGAGAAAGAGAUGCACUGUCUCCAUCCAGGUGACCUGUAUCCUUUCACCAGGAAGCCCCUCUUUGUUAUUGUGGACUCAUCCAACAGCAUGGCCUACAAGAAUUUCUUGAAUCUUUUCGGACAGCCACUGGUGUGCCUGCUGUCACCCACAGUCUAUCCCAAGAGUCUGCAAGACCAAUCACAGCGUGGCAGCCUCUUCACGCUCUUCCUGUACAGCCCCAUAGUGGCCUUCGUCUCUGUGUGCGGCCUCAGUAGCCUAAGGCAGGGCCUGUGGGAAAAGGCCCAGGAGUUCCUGCACCUUGUGUACCGUGAAGUGGGCCAGAUGAUCACCCGCUCUCGCAGCAUAGACCAGGCCUUUCUGCAGUUCUAUGGGGAUGAAUUCCUGCGACUUCUCCUCAUCCGCUUUGUCUUCUGUUCAGCCGUCCUGAGGCUGCACAAGCUCUUCCGGGAUUCCCGGAGUUACCCUGAGUCCUACCCCCAGCUUCCCAAGCCGGACACGGUUGAGAACAGUUUGCUGCAGAAGCGUGUGCUAGAGCUGGCAGCCAUGUUGGAUGUGCAGUCACUCUUCUACAGCAACACCCUAGAUGGCUUCUGACAGCCCUCCCCCCGCCAGUUCCCUCAAACGCUCUCCGAAGGGGUGUUGAUGGUAUCGAACAUUCCUAGACAAGAACGUCCAGUUUAUUUGAUCAUUUUCUCACUAGACGUACAUUUUUCUACUUUUAAAAAGAGCUGAUCAUCUAUUUUUUUAAAACAUGGUCAAACAGUUUUAUAUUGCACCUUCUUAGAAUUUGGUUCUAAAUGUACAUAAAAAUACACUUUUGUUGGCAGAUACUAGAAAACAAGUAGCUGUAUCGUGUUCUGUCAGCAUAGCGACUAACAUUGGAUUGUCAUGGGGCAGAGGUGUACUCCACACGCACUCUCAGAUCAUGGGUGUCGGAUUUCGCACGGUGUUCAGCUGUGCUGGGUAGUAACAUUUCCUUUGAGAGAAUAUGUUGUAACCCAUCUGCACGUGUGUGCUGCAGUCAGGAGUUACCCACCUUUAUCCCAUUCUUACAUUAUGGUUUUAAAAAUACUCAUUAUGGUAGCUGAAAUCUGCUCAUCGCUUUAGGGGUUUUUUUCCCCAGAAUUAUUUCAUCUCCUUUGUUAAUGAACCUGUUGUAUUUACAGAAGAAGUUUUGAACCCCCCCCCCCCCUGCCAGAAGUUAGCCUUUCUGCAGGGGAAGCAAGAUUAAUCUUUGAAGUUCUUCACAGUGAUUUGUUAACUGUCUGGUUUUGUGAAUAUGGGUAACUGCAUUGGGGAUGCUGGCAAUUCAGAAGAGGUCAUGUGUCACUUCCUGCCAGACUUACAGGACAUGCAGGAGGCCAUUUACUUAGAAAAUGCACUUUUAAAUGUUCCUGGCUGUCGGUUAGAAGUACCACCCUCUCUCCUGCAUGUUUGUGAAUUAGGUACAGUCCAGCGUUUACGGUGUGCCAAGCUUCUCACAUUUGUCACGUGUGAUGUAGACAGGCUGUUUUUUAGCCCGGGUAGCAGUACAGUUCACAGGUGAAUACAAAAAAUAUGUGUAUAUGUAGAUAAUAUAUAUAUUUCUAUAUAUGUGGGUGUCUUAACUGUGACAGAAUCUAGCACAAGUGUCUAUGGCGCUGUUUUUGUGAAGUCCGACUUUGACGCUCUAGCUAAAAAAUACCGCUUCCAGUGGUGCGCUCCAGACAUCCCCCCCGUCACUUAUUUGCUCAUUUGCAUUGACAGUGCUACACACACAAAACUUCAUAUAUCUUGUCCAAUAGUAAACGAUGAACAAUGAGUGGUUUGCACGUUUUGAGAUUUAAGGACAGGCAGCGCGUACAGAUUGCGCCUUUCUUCUUUGGGUGCGCUUUAGGCUUUGCUACAGUGAUAGCACAGGCUGACCCAAUGACAUGCUAAGGAAACACUCACGGGGCGAGUAUAUUGGGAAAAAGUGUGGAUUCAUUUUAUAUACACCUGCAGUCUUUAACCUCCACAAAGCUAAUCAAGUCCAUCUCUGCUUACUUUUGGGGACAUAUGCUUUUAUAUAAUUGCGACAGCUGAAGUCCUUUCAUUUAUUUAAAACCUGUUGCAAUAGAUGUUUUUAAGUUUUUAAAAAGCGAUAUUCCUCAUUCCCACAAUAAUAAUCACUGCCAGACAAAACAUUCCUUUGACGUUUGAUUGUAAAAUAGGAGAUGACACAGUUAAUAGAACAAAUAUUAGGGUUCCAGAACAGCUGUGGCUAAAAUAUUUGCAGCAGAGGGCAGAAAAAUGCACACUGUGACCCAACAUGGCGGUCUAGCUAAACACUAGUGAUGGCCAAAUGAAGCUUCAUGAACCAAUUGCUGUAUUGUCUGACACCACUAGAUGGUGCACUCUAUUAAAAAAAUUCAUGGGCCAAAGCAAACCAAGAGCGCCAUCUAGUGGGGUCAAAAAGAGAAAAUGGUUCAUGAAGCUUCUUUAGCUAUAACCAUUGAAUGUCAAUAAAAGGGACGCGUGUCCCUUCUUUCUGUCGAUGCCAGUGCACUGAUACUGACUGGCACUGGAGCCACUGUGUGGGAAGACUGUAAAUGCCCGUCUUGUCUACAAACAAAUGAGUUGGAGGUCGGUCGUUACAAAAUACACCUCCGGAUUGACAAUUAUCACCGGUUUAACUUAGGUUUAACACAUUUUACUGUACACUUAGAAUGCUUAAGUGUAUAUUAUACCGGUAUCUUUUUUUCUAUAUUAAGAACAUGGUUAAAACACGAUUUAGCCAGGACCUAAUGUAAUUGCUUUGUCAAUAUCAGAGGCAUGUUGUAAGUUAAGUUGUCUUUGUACACGUGUUGGUCAAAGCCGAAUCUUGUUAAUUGGUUAGUAAGGGUGUUUUGCUGAAGGUGUAAAACAGAAGCUAAAAUGUCAGAAUACUCUUUCUUUAUAAGCUAAGGGAUUCUAGAGCUUGUAGUUCGUCAUCUUAGAUCGCUCUGUUGUCUGCCUUCAGAACAAUAUUGUCUUAACUGUCACCAAAUUGAUGUUGUUAUUGUUGUUUAUUUCUUGUAAUGAUGUAAUAAUAUGAAGGAUCAAAAUAAGAAUAUCUGUAAUGUUUUUUUCAUAAAAUGUUUUCACUGAAUGCUUUUAAAAAUAAACAUUUAAUAUUGCUUAA